UCGGACUCACUGCGUUGCCAGAAGGCAGAGCGAGCGCAGAGGCUGUCAACUACGGACAAGCGGCAUUCAUCUGAGCGGACCGCGGGGACACACCUGGUCGGACCGAAAUAGAGCUGUUAAGACACUGAAAGAGCACCACACAGCACCCGGGUUAUUAAUCACUUCAGGAAUGCGGCGCUAUUAGGACGGGAGAGCUGAAAGUUCAAAUCAACUUCAACUUUAAGUUAAUUUGCUCCAACUUGAGGAACCUAUCAAAAAGGGAUCAUGGCCACAGGCGGAUUUAAGUCAAACGCCACGACAGACUUUCUGGAGGAAUGGAAGGCAAAACGGGAGAAAAUGAGAGCCAAAAUGCUGGGCGACAUUGCCGCAGCUACUGGCGCUCCCGCGGGUGCCAACUCAAACAGUAGCCGCCACGCCGCUCCACCUGGCACCGAGCUCACCAACAACGGCAACCCGGACCGAAGCGCCUCCGCUGGGAACUGCGUCCCCUCCUCCUACUCGGUUGCUCGGUCCUCCUCCGGCACGGCUUUAAAGAGACCCGAGGAGGAAACGCACUACCUUGCUGCGCCCACAGCCACCCCAGGGAGCAACCUGAAGAAAGCCCCGCCUCAGAUGGAGAAGGAUCAGUGCGCUUCCCCGGACUCCAGCCCCAUGGCUUGCAAUGACAGUGACAAAGAAAGUCCGUCACCCAGUAAGGCCAAGGAGAAGAACAGCUCUGGUCCCAGUGCCAGGAAGGGGAAAGGGCAGAUUGAGAAGAGGAAGUUGAGGGAAAAGAGGAGAUCAACAGGUGUUGUCAACAUACCAUCAAAUGAGAGCCUGGAUGAGCUGGACGAUGAUGACGCAGGUGAAAAGGACCGGAGGAAUGAGGAGGAGCUGGUUCAGGCCAACACUUUCCAGAACGAGGCCAUGACAGCUGACCUCGCCACUGCCCACUUAAUGGAAACCCCCCGAUCUGGGAGCGGCCGCCACAAGAGCUCUGCAGGGCCAGGAUCUGAGGAAGAGUUUGGUGGGAAUAGCAGACAUCGACACAACCGUCACGGCAGAGAUGGAGGAGCUACAGGACCAGGGAGUUUGGAGAAAAGGUUGGAGGAGCUGGAGAAGGAGCUGGCCCGAGAGCGUCAGGAGAACAGCAGAUUGCUUAAGGCCCACCAGGACAAAGACGACCUCAUCGGGAAGCUGAAGGAAGAAAUUGACUUACUGAACAGAGACCUGGAUGACAUUGAAGAUGAGAAUGAGCAACUCAAACAGGAGAACAAGACUCUGCUGAAAGUUGUGGGUCAGCUGACGAGGUAGAACCACCCCCCCACAAACAACCCAGUCUCCCCUUGAUGAAUGGAUCAUCUGUAUUCUCUUCUUUGCUCCUGCCCUGGGUCAAGUCCAGCAGCACGGCCUUUUACCUGUUUGAUUCUGUCUCUUCUGUCUGUUAGAGGUGAAACUGUAAAGUAGUCGUCCUCAGCGUCACAGCCUUAAAAACAUUCCUCCCUCAGGAGGAUUUAUUCCAUCUGUUGUAUAAGCUGAGCGAACUAGGGACUAAUGUUCUCCGACAGUCUCAUGGGGAUUGUCUGUCAUCGUAUACAUAUUUAAUGUAAAUGUACUGUAUAUAGGCCAUUUAGAUUGUUCAUUUUUUUUUCAAUUUAUUUUUUUUUGAUGAGGUCUCAAAAAGCAGAAGUAAAAUGAAUGUAUGUGCUGCACAAACAAGCGCACACAGUCUUUUAAAACUUGUUUAGAGGUUUGAAAAAAGUCUGUACCCAGGCAUAUUUAAAAAGAUCUCCAGUGCUGCAAUGUCUAAAUUGUGUCUGAGUGCAGGUUUCUUCAGUAAACUUCUGUCGAGGCACACUUGGACCAAAUUCAACAUAAUUACUGCUACAGUACCAUCAGCCAAAGUGGGCAUAGUGCCUUGCAAUGCAUGUGAGAUUUUUUUGUCAAUCUUAAAAACAAAAGUUAAAGCCUGGUGCUUUAUUAAUGAACAUUAGUGCCAGAUUUACUUUCUUCCAAUACUUUCUUGGUACAUUUGAAUCCCUGUAGGGCAUCUACAAACCUAAAUGACUCAUAUUUCCAAAUUAAAAUGAUACCAAUUAUAUGCUUUACGCAUUUCAACGUUAACAUCUGAGUAUUAUACUUGUCCUUGAUGAAAUGCUUUAGGGUGAAACCCUCGCCUAGUAUAUACGUGGAUUCUUUUUUAAAAAGCAUUUUGCUUUCUGUAAUUCGUUUACAAGUUAUGUCUCUGCGAUAUUUGAUAGAUGUUUAGCUGCUCUGUUUAUUGCAUCUAAGAUGUGUGGAGUGAGCUACAGUGCAUUUUUUUUGUAUGAUAACCAAAUGAACUGAAGGAACAUACUAUUUGAAAUGCAUCUCUGUUGUUUUCUCAAGGGAACAGGCUUGGCUGGUAUUGGCAUUUUACUUUCUGUAUUUACAUCAUUGUAUUCCACGGAGGAGCUGCUCAUUGAGCUCCUGCACUGGGGCAAAUAAUUUAUAGAUUUAGUAGUCAAUAGAUAACUUUGCUUCCACAUACUUUCACAUAUUUUGGGGUAAAGGUCCCCUGGCAGGCAUCACAGACCCAUCUCUCUUCCCAUUACAUUAUGCAUGUACAGAAGAUUAAGACAUUUAAUAAAAGUUUGAUUAUCUCUCUCCUCA